CCCCAACCAGUGUUUUAUAUUUUUGAGAGUCUCCAAUUUUACGGGGUCCUACUCUCACCUCCCUCCAUAAAUAUAAACCAAACGCUCCCCAAAUUUUUCCCUCAAACCGAAGUUCGUAUUCUUUGUUUUCGGUCGAAAUCGUCAGUUGCUCCUGCAAACCAUGUGCCCAUCCGACAGGAACUCAAGUCGGCUGGAGAAGAACAGCCCAGGGUCGGGUUUCAGGUCGGCGUUCGAGGUUCUCGACGCGGAUCGUGAUGGGAAGAUUAGUAGAGAAGAUUUGAGGACAUUUUACGCUGGGUUUUCUAAUGGUUUUGAUGAUGACGAAAUGAUUGGGACCAUGAUUUCUUUGGCGGAUUCGAAUAGGGAUGGGUUCGUUGAAUACGAGGAGUUCGAGCGGGUUUUGGGAGGGUCGAAAGCAAAAGCUUCAGGUUUUGGGGCGAUGGAAGAUGCUUUUAAGGUUAUGGACAAGGAUGGAGAUGGAAGGUUGAGCCAUGACGACUUGAAAAGUUACAUGAACUGGGCUGGGUUUCCUGCUUCGGAUGAAGAUAUUAAAGCUAUGAUCAGCUUGGGUGGUGGUGAUGAAAAAGAAGGUGUCUCUUUUGAUGGCUUGCUUAAGAUUUUGGCUGUUGAUUUUUCUGGGUAAUUAAGUUUCAAUCUUGAGUUGACAUUUUUCCUUUUUGUUUUGGUUGAAAUGAUGGAUCAAAUCAAAAUAUCAAUAAUUGUUGAAAACAAUGGAGUUUUCUAGCUCAUCUUUCCCUUAUGUAAAUCAUUUCCAUAUUGCAAAAUUUAUUGUAGGACAGUUUAAAAACAAAAUGAUUUGUUUUGCUUGGAAACCAUAAUUCCCUACGCUUCAACUAGUCUUUUUCUUUUAGGUCAUUUUUUAUAGGGGUGAUCAUUUUAAAAUGUUGUAAGUUUAUACAUUAUGAUUAGAUAAUUAUAUUUAAUGAAUACUUUAAGAUUUUAUUUGCUUAUGAUUUUGGAUCAUCGAAA